AUGAUGAUAAAGUGGAAGAAGCAGUGUGAAUUUUGUAAUAAAAACCUGCGAAUGAAAACAAAAAUCGAGGCGAUAACUAACAAAAGAAGUGAAGAGAAAAAUCGACGUUUGAAUGGUGAACUCGGAAAGUUGUCAGAAACAAAACAAAGUCACAGUGAUAAGAUGGAAAACAAAAACCAGUUUUCAUUUUAUUAA